AUCAAUUUCAAUUUUUCAGUCUGAUGUUAUAUGGUAGUAUGAACAAAAUGAUGACGACGAUGAUAUAGGAAAACUAAAUUACCUAUAUCAUCAAUUACCACAUAAUGUUGUCACGCAGUGAGCGUCAAUGGCAAAUCUUGGUCUCUGAGUAUAAAGCAUGCAGAAAGAAACUGCAGAGCAAACGUGAGGCACAUCAGAUCAUGUUGAAAAUGCUCUCCGACCAUGACAAAGAGAAAGAACAGUUAGAAAAUAAACUAAAAUCUUUGGAGAAUGCUGCAGAAGAACUUAUUUCCGGACACGACCUUGCACCAAAUUUGGUUAAGUUUGUUGGUUUGAAAGCAACAAGUGAGAAAGGAAAAUCAGUGAUACAGGGUUUAAUCCUGCACAUAAGCAAGAUGCAGUCGGACCUUGACAAAAAUAACCAACUACUUGCAGAUUUCAGCGCAGAGAACUCUGAUCUCAAGAAAGACCUUAAGGCAGUGAGAGCUGAUAAAACAGGGUUUAACAGAGUAAUGUCACCUGUGUUGGAUAAUUGCGAUAGAGACAGGGAGGAUUUCCUUGCGAUGAUACAGUCCCUAAAACAGGAGGUCGAAGUUUGUAAUACGAGAAUAAAGACUCAAAACGAUGAGGCGACUGAUUUCCGCAUCGAGCGCGAGUUCUACAAACAGAAGGUAAAGACGCUGACAGAGCAGCUGCUUGAAAAGAACGAGUGUCAGCCUAUAGCUCAGGUGGAGGAACUCCUUGUGGACAAUAGAGAGCUUAGGGACAAGGUGGACAGGUUACAGCACAUCAAUGCUGCUCUGGUAUCACACAACAGCCUACCCACCGGACUGUCAUCUCGUCCCUCUGUUCACACUCGCGGUUACCAUAGCAACAGUUACCCUAGCAGCAUAAAGAAGCGGUCACGUGGUAACAAGUGGAACAAACACGUGACUUUUGGGGAGGAGGAGGAAGAGGACGAGGGGAUCGGGUUUAUCAGGAGUGUGAAGGAGAAAGUGAGAGUUGAAACAGAGUUACAACAUCUUCAGACUCUUAUACAAGACAUGCAGAAAGUGAGUAACGGAUUGGCAGAAACUGUUUUGGACAAGAGUACAGCUCUAAAACACCAGCGAGCCAGCAACAGACUUCUCGGCGAGAGGGUGACGGAGCUGGAAGCUAAGCUGCGCGCACUGGAAAUGUCCGGAUUCUGGAGUGUUCCAGAAGGAUGUGGUGGAUCUGGAGAUGAAAACAAGAGGGACCAGCUGCGGAGACUAACCCUCACUAGUGGGGUUAGUCCAGAGCCGGAGGAGAGUGGUGACCUCUUGUUAGACCCCUUCCUGGAUACUGAGGGUCAGGAUGUGGUGGUAACACCUUCUCCACAGCCCACUCUGCUGAUCUGUGGAGAAGAUCUGACCAGCGAGUAUACUCAACUUUUGUCGGAGUCUCCACAGCAUGACACCUCAAAUGACCACCCCUCUAAGCCUAUUGAACACUUCAGUAUGGACAAUAUCAGCGACCAUUUGAUCACGCCAAGUGACCCGCUGUUGCCACGGGGUGACCACUUGUUGCCACAUGACGAACCCUUGUUUCCACGUGACGAAAACCUGUUGCCGGGAAGUGAGCCUUUGUUGGCCGCGAGGAGCGAGAAGUUGUUUUCAUAUGAUGAUUACGCCGGGGACUCCCUGUCACGGAAUGACAGUAUAGGAAGCGAUGAUCUAGUAGAUCUGUUACCGGUAAAAGAGUAGAUAAGAACUAUGUUUGAUGAGCUACUAAAACCUGCUCGUCUCACAUGACACGUGUCACGAGAUUGGUCAGGUGAUCUCACAAAUCUUACCUAGCCCGUGCAGGAAGUGGAAAUGUUUUGAAUUUGAGAACACGAUAUUGAGUUGAGUUUUGGUGUGAUGCAAGAUAUAGUAUAACAUAGGUUCUAUGGAACACGCUCAGGUGACUUGAAUCUUUAGAUGAGUAGCAUCUAUUCAGGUUUUCAUCCAAUAGCCUGAUCUGAAUUUGUACUAGCGUACCUCCUUGUUUAAAUAAUCAAGUUCCUUAAUUUGAGAUUACUGUAUAGUUUUUACUGUUGAGUACGUACUAGUGUUGUUAGGAGUGUGUUGAAUCAUGGAUUUGUAAUAUAAGUCGAAUAUUGUUUUUAGGGCUGCUGGCAGUCCAGCGAUCGCAGUUAAA